CGCAAGUCUCUUUUUCUCUCUCUCUCUCUCUCUCUGUUUAGUUUGUUGCUGCUAACCUGCGCAGACGCCACUGCUUAUCGUGCGCCGCCUAAGAUGACGCCGGCGACAGCCUACAUGAUAAGAAUAUCAAGAUACAGGAGAGACCACUGAGAAGAUCAGACGGUCUCAGGAGUGAGGGAUUUGAGGGGGGACCCACUUACAAUGGACGGUCAGAAGAGCCAGGCGAAGCUGACGAGGACCCAAUCUUCACUUCUCCGGUCGUCUCCGACCUUCCGGUCAUCAAUCCAAAGCCUCUCUUCCGUGAACGAGAUCGCGCCCGAGCAAGAAGACAUAGAAGAACAGAAACCCCACAAGCCCGGUUCAGCACCGGUUCGACCCGGUUCGAACCGUUUCGUCCCGGUUCUGGUCGUAUCCUCCCUCUCCUUCUACAUCCUGUUCGUGUGUUUCAACAGAGAAGACAUACCCAGUUCAGAAAAUCUCCUAUUAGUGCUGAUUUUCGUCGCGGUGGUGCUCUUUUUCGCGGGAAGAAACAAGGGUUUCAUCUGUCAAAGCUUCACAUUUUUCAAACAAUUGAGCGACGAGUACACCAAGAGACUUGGGUUGUCAAGAAGUAGCUCGAAACCGGUCCAAUGGUUUAUUGGUGAAUCGACUGUGGACAAGAAAGACCGAAAGGAUCGAAAAGAGAAGCGAAUUAUACGAGAAGGUGUUGAAUUUUGCAACGGUGAUUUCUAUGAAGGAGAGUUUCACAAGGGGAGGUGUAAUGGGAGUGGAGUGUAUCACUACUUUGUGAAUGGGAGGUAUGAGGGUGAUUGGAUUGAUGGAAAAUAUGAUGGAUUUGGAAUAGAAAGUUGGGCCAGAGGUAGCCGAUUUCGCGGCCAAUACCGGCAAGGUUUGAGGCAUGGUUAUGGUGUUUAUAGGUUCUACACAGGGGAUACAUAUGCAGGGGAGUGGUGUAAUGGGCAGAGUCAUGGUGUUGGAAUGCAGACUUGCUCAGAUGGGAGCUGCUAUGUUGGCGAAUUCAAAUGUGGUGUCAAGCAUGGCCUUGGAUGCUACCAUUUUAGAAAUGGAGAUCGAUAUGCGGGGGAGUAUUUCGGAGACAAAAUCCAUGGAUUUGGUGUUUACCACUUUGCUAAUGGCCACUGCUACACGGGGUCGUGGCAUGAAGGCCGGAAGCAAGGCUAUGGCAUGUAUACUUUCCGAAACGGAGAUACAAGAUGUGGUGAAUGGGACUGUGGCAAUCUCAGCGCAGCCCUACCCCCACUAACCGACGUAGUCCUCCGUGCAGUUCAGGCUGCUAGAAAAGCAGCAGAGAAUGCAAUUCACCUUCGCCGGUUGGAUGAACAAGUGAGUAAGGCGGUCGUGGCUGCCAACAGAGCUGCAACUGCUGCUAGAGUUGCUGCUGUCAAAGCAGUUCAAAACAGAAUGGAUGGCAAAUUUUGCGAUACUGAUGUUUAAGAGACCACCGAUUUGUUUGUAAGUGUAAAUUUUCUAGUUCAUUAUGUAUUAUGAAGAUGAAUCCACCCUGAUAAGCAAAAAGCUCAUCGGAGGUUGAGAGAGCUUACGUUCUCGAGGCGUGGUUGGCCUCACUGUAACAUGUACAUAAAUCAUGUAUAUCAAUGCAAGAUGAAUUUUGGGAGU